AUGGAUACAAUUGGCCCCGAAGUUUCACUGCCAUUUGGCAAAGAGCUCGCUGCAAAUGAAAAGAAAACUCGGGAUAAAGCAGUACGAUCGCUAAAGAAGUUCAUUGCCACUGGAGCAGAUCUAUCGAAAUCCGAUCUAUUGAAGCUAUGGAAAGGCCUUUUCUAUUGCUACUGGAUGUCUGACAAGCCUCUUGUUCAACAAGCAUUAGCACAAGAUCUCGGUUCCCUUUUAUUGGAUUUGAGCACUGACAGCUUCAUUCCAUUUCUGGAAGCGUUUUGGGAAAUUCAUUGCACACAAUGGCACGGAAUUGAUCGUAUCAGAUUGGAUAAAUACUACAUGCUUUUGCGACGUAUGAUUUUCUUUGCUUUCCUUUAUUUGGCCAAUCAAGAUUGGAAUGAGGAGAUGACUGAAGCUUAUAUGACCAUGUUGUUGGAAGGACCAAUGCAUCCCACAGAUCGUAGCAAACCCGACUCGAUCCGAUAUCACAUCAUCGACAUUUACUUUGAAGAGUUAGACAAGAUUCUCGAGUUACAACGUGAGCAAGGCGAAGAGAUUCAUCUCGACAUGGAUGCCAUUAAGCGCCCGCUUGUUGUCUCCAGCAAAGAUGCAAUCAACAAAGUAACGAGGAAAAAGGCCAAGGAGGCUUUGGCUGCUAGGAAGCAACAAGAAAAGGAAGAUGAAGAUGAGGAGAAGGAGGAAGAUGAAAAUGUUGAAGAUGCUAGUGAGGAACCUGAACAAGUACAAGUGGAGGAGGAAAAGAUUGCUAGCGAGGAAUCUGAACCUGAACAAGACGUGGAGGAAGAAGUCAAGCCAAAAAAGAGUAGCAGUAGUAGCAAGAAGCGAAAGGCAUCCACUAAAAAGCAAUCUAAAAAGAGAAAGUUGUAA